AUGCUGGGGGAAUGGGGAUGGAAGAGAUGCACUAUGCAGCCUACGCUGGCUGUUCAAUACGAUGUGUUCGUGUUGGGCUGGAACCUAGAACCCUGGAAGCCUGCUCAGCUGCUAAUGGACCUGAUGACUAGUAGUAAAAAAAGAUUUACAUUUUCGGAGGGCAGGCUCAAGCCUAUGGAGAAGGCGAGGAGGCCGCAGGUGCCGGCGUUCGGGGAGUGGAACUACUGCUACCACCACUACGCCGAGCCGCCCGCCGCCGAGUGCUACUACGCCCCGGAGCCGGAGCCGGAGGCUUGCAGCGACGUGUGGUUCAGGUACUCGCCACCGAGCAAACCGACGCCCAGGAAGACGAGGAGGCCGGAGAGCGACGCUCGGGAGAAGGGAAGCCGGCGUUCUGCUAGGGGGUCUGAGGCUGCAGGCUUGGCGCACGCCACGGCCAAGGGCAGAGGCGCCUCCGCCUCCCGGGUGGUGCGGCCGGUCGACGAGGACCUGUACCAGGUUCCGCCGCCGGAGUUCGUCAGCUCCCACCGGCCUAGACGGAAGAGGAAUCUGCUGAUGGGAUGCUUGGGCCUCAACUCGUGCGUCGCCUGA